AUGUCCAUUCACAAAAGAAAUAAAAAUACAACUCAAGAUGAACUGGGUUGUAAGAUUAGUUACUGGAAGUCCUUGAAGGACAGUGAGAUAGCUAAAGCUAUGAUAAGAGGGACACAUGCCCAUAGGGAUGCAGUUCUAGAUGGUUACAGUUAUAUGCUUAGGACUGCAAAUGAAAGAAGCAAGACAUCGUUGAAAGUUGAUGGCAAAGGGAGGUUCAAAUAUUUCUUUGUAUCUUAUGGAUCUUGGAUUAGGGGAUUUGUGCAUAUGAGAAAAGUCUUAGCCGUUGACGGGACAUUCUUAAGGGGCCCUUACGAGGGAGUUUUGUUAUAUGCUGUGGCACAAGAUACGAAAAAUCAUAUUUUUCAUGUUGCAUUUUGUGUAGUGGAUAAGGAGUGUGAUGCUUCAUAUGAAUACUUUGUUGAGCAAUUGUUAGACAUAGUCCCCAAUACUACGGAGUUGUGCAUCAUUUCUAAUAGGCAUCUAAGCAUGGGAAAAAUGGUAUCAAAAAUUUACUCUGAAGCGCACCACGGAUGUUGCACGAGGCAACUUGCUGAAAAUGCAAGAAAAGAAUUUCAUUGUGGAGAUUUCCUUGGACAUUUUUAUCAUGCAACUAAAGCAUACCGAAGAGAUAUGUUCAAUGACUAUUUUGAAAAAAUCAGAUAUAUCAAUGCAGAAGUCGCCGAUUAUCUUGAGAUGUUGGCUUUCAUAAAUGGAGUAGAGCAUACUUCCCAGGAAACAAGUAAACUAUCUUACUGGUAUGAUGUAUUGACCUCAAACAUUGUUGAGUCUGUUAACUCAAUGUUUAAUGAAGAAAGAGAAUUCCCCAUUACUGCCCUAUUCGAUGCAAUAAGUAGGAGGUGGUCAGAAAUAUUCCAUGAGAGGCGGAUGACAUACGUCAACUUAACAACUAUCUUUGUCCCUUCAGCUGAAAACAAAAUAAUGACUAACAAGAAUCUGGGAAAUAAGUUAUUGGUCCAUCGAAUAGAUAAAGACAUGUUCACCAUCACCGGGGAAAGUGGGGUCUCAAUGAUAGAUCUACGAAGAAAAACAUGUUCGUGUCGAGAGUUUGACUUGGACAAAAUACCUUGUUCAUAUGUUAUGGCAGCGCUUAGAAGUAAAUUCGGAGAUAAAUAUGGAAAGAUAAUUUAUGAGUACUCUUCUUCAUAUUAUAAGGUAGAGUCAUACGUGCUUGCAUAUGCAGACCCAAUAUUUCCAGUGCCAGCUGAAGAAUUUUGGAACCCUCCUCCGGAUAUUUUACAGAGACGAACACCUCUACCUGAAAAGAAAAUCAAACGAGAAAGGAAACGGAUGAAGCGGGUACCUGGAGUUGUGGAAGGAUUUUCAAAGAAGAAGUUUAAUAAAUGCUCCUUAUACAGAAGAUUUGGCCACAAAAAAACCUUAUGCCUUACAAGACGGAGUGGAGAUGUAGGAACAAGCCGUGAUAUAGUUUCAUAA